AUGGCUUCGGAUGCCCCGCAGACCACCCCGCAGUGGUGGGAAGCUUUUCCCGAGGCAAAGGCUUCGUGCCCUCGAAUUGAAGCUGCCGAAGUUGCAGGUCUCAUUGAGAAGAACGCAGCUGCUGGGAAGGGGGCUACGAGAGACUUUUUGCUAGUUGAUGUCAGGAGGACUGACUGGGAGGGCGGCACUGUUGCUACAUCCAUCAAUUUCCCCGCCCAUACAUUCUACCAGACACGACCCGUCAUCUAUCGGCUUUGCAAGCAGGCGGGCAUUCGAAGAAUCAUCUUCUAUUGUGGGAGCUGCGGUAGCAGAGGCCCACGCUGUGCUGGGUGGAUGCAGGACUACCUCGACGAAGUUGGCGAGACCGACAUCAAAGCCGAGAUCCUGAUCGGAGGCAUCAAGGGCUGGCAAAAGACGUACGGCGGCAAGCUCAUGGACUAUUACGACGAAGAGGUCUGGACCAAAUAGGAUCCGGCCGCAGAUGUCAAGUCCUUUCUCUUGAUGUCUAGCAAGACGUGACCUGACUUCCCCAAAAGAAAUCAUCCAAGAUGGGGACUUUGAUCUUCAUUUUUCGACCUCAAAACGCCAAAAAUAAGCAUGACAAUGAUUUCCCAUGGUGUCUUUCCCUCCACAUGUCUCCAUCGUGCGUGCGUGACGAUUAUCUGUUUUGUCGGUCGUCGCCGCCGAUUCGUUCCAGUGCCUCGAGCAUCAAAAGAAUGGAGGGGAAACAUACAACCAUGCCGAGUCUGACCUUCUCUCCACCGUCCUUCUCUUCCACCGCCUCGUAACUUGUCGCAGAUGCGCUUACAUCGUAGCCACGGAGGACACCGAUGACCUUACGGCUGCCGUUCAACUGCAGCGCAGAACUUAUAAAACGCACCUUCUUCAGCUCGGGCUGUGCGGGCGCCAUCUUGAGCAGU